AUGAUCAACAAUUCGACCACCUGGGCAACCUUCUUUACCAUUGACAGCUCCGCCCCGAAGGUAGAUCUCAUUGCUGCUACAGCUAACAAGGCAUGCCCCGGGGAAUACGGCGUGGUAAUAGAUGUGACCGACAAAAUAUUCGAGGUCCCCUCGGGUGUGCAGUGGUCUGGCGGGAAAUGGACAAACAAUACCUGCGUGGUGGUGGCGACAUCUACCCCGACUGCGACGCCGGACCCUUGUCGGGUUCAUAUUGACAAGGCCGCUGUCUCAGGCAUGGAGGCCUCUAUUACAGCCCGUAUAUGCCUCGGCAUAGUGCCGCCAGACUAUUGCCCGGAGGAUGAGAAUAGUGCCAUAAAACAGGUGGCUCUCGCUGGUAUAUGCUGCUUGCUAGCUGCAGUUGGAGCGCUGGGCUUCUUUCUUGCGUGA